GCAUAAGAGAAUAACAUUACAAAUGGAAAAUAAUUUGUUAUUGAUGAACUGAUAUGAUUUCUUCAAUGGAAAAAAAGUGAAAGUUAGAGGAACCAUACUAACCUUCAUGAUGGCAGGAUUUCAAAAGUGGAAACCUGUUGUUGUAAUACUUUCUCUUUACUUUGUGAUGGCUUGUUUGAACCUUCUAUUUAAGAAGAUUCUUGAUGAGGGAAUGAGUCAAUUAGUUAUUGUCACAUACCGACUAGCAACUGGUGCCGUUUUUUUGAUGCCUGUGGCCUACUUCUUCGAAAGGAAAAGGGGUGUCAAUGUCCAACUCUCAAGAUCAAUCUUGUGCCAUCUUUUCCUCAGUGCCUUGAUUGGCGCAACGCUCGCCCAAUACCUCGUUCUUCUAGGGAUUCAGUGCACAUCAGCAGCUUUUGCAAGUGCCUUCAUCAACCUGACUCCUGUUUUCACAUUCCUUAUAGCUUUACUUAUAAGGCAGGAGAGUGUAAACUUGAGAAGCACAGGAGGGAAAGCCAAAGUAUUAGGUUCACUUAUUUGCACCGGUGGUGUGUUACUAUUGAUCUUGUACAAAGGAAUUCCGCUUAACAAUGCAAUUCACUCGGAGAAAUCAUCGAACGAUGGUAGUAAUAACUCGAGCAUUACUAUGAUUGGCGACAAACACAAAUGGAUCCUUGGAUCGGUUUUCCUUGUGUUAGGCAAUCUUAGCUGGUCGUGUUGGUUUCUGAUACAAUCAAGAAUCAGCAAGAUAUACCCAUAUAAGUAUUCGAGCACUGCGUUGAUGUCUGCUAUAGGUGCGGUUCAGUCAGCAAUCUUAUGUUUUUCGACCAACAGAAAAUUUUCCAUAUGGGUUUUAAAAGGAACACUUCAGAUCUUUACAGUGUUAUCUGCAGGAUUAUUUGGCUCAGGACUGUGCUAUGUUGGGAUGUCAUGGUGUGUUGAACAGAAAGGCCCGGUUUUUACAUCAGCAUUCAGCCCUUCCAUACCGAUUUUCACAGCAAUUAUGGAUGUAGCUAUCUUUCAUGAACAGAUUUACCUCGGAAGUGUAAUAGGAGCAAUCUUGGUUAUUUGUGGUCUCUAUAUUCUUCUAUGGGGUAAAAGCAGGGAGACAUCUGAUAACAACAGCUUCAACAAGCCUGCUGAGGCUGCACAUUGCACUGGAAUCUCUACUAAUGCAAUUGAUAUUCCUCAUGCCACCAAUUCAGGAUGACGGAACCAUCCAUUCCUCUGUCUGACUCAUUCUGCUAUAUUUAUAUCGUGUAGUAAAUUUACUGAGAUAUGAUGUAAAGAGAACGACUUAAAAACAUGUAAACCCUUGUGUGAAAUUUUCUCGAUUAGUAAGGAGAAAUCGUCUUAAAAAAUCCCAACUUUGACUAACUAAUCUACAUUUAAAUUAAUUUCACACAUGGGUUUUCAUAUUGUAGUUAUAUCUUGAAUCAUUUAUGUUAGUUAUAACAAAAUUUUCAUACAAAGUGCAUCAAAGUCAUUGACUACUUGAUGUAUA